CUGGAAAAAGGCAGAGGGGGGGAGGCGGCCUUGGUUCAGACUCCCAGUUCCGAAAUGGCGGACGUGCUGCAAGAACCCCGGGUUCGCGUAGCCACUAAUCAGUUGGCGCAGUACAUUGGGAAGCCCGUUUGUUUCGUGGGGCGCCUGGAAAAGAUUCAUGCAUCUGGGAAAUUGUUCUUCCUAUCUGAUGGAGAAGGAAAAAAAGCAACCGUGGAACUGGACACACCUCUUGAAGAAGAGCUCUCUGGGGUCAUUGAAGUAGCAGGAAGAGUUACAAAUCAAGUAAACAUCAUGUGUGCAUCAUAUACCCAGUUCAGAGAAGAUAAAAACGCAUUUGAUUUGGCACUAUAUAAUGAAGCUCUGAAAAUUAUCCAUGAAUUUCCUGACUACUACCCUUUUAGUUCUAAUGCAUGAUUGGUACUUUUUGUUACAAUUUAAGAGUGGACAAUUUGGUGAUGCUUACUGAACAGAACUGU